AUACGUAAGAACGCUAGAAAAAGCAAAGAAUCCGUACGAGGCAAGAGUUAAUAUGAUGAUAAAGCAACGAAUAGCAUUGAAACACAAGGAGGAGAAAAAUCAUGUUAGAAGGAAACGUUGUCCUUUGGGUAUAAUCGAGUAUUAUGAUUACGACGAGGAGAUUAACGAACGAUCAAGAGAGUCGCAAGCUGUAGGUGAUAACGAGCAAAAGAGUGACGAUAAGAAGGAAAGUCUGGUUGGCUCGAGCUUAGGGCUUGGUAAUAAAAAUGAUAAAAAUUUGUCGAAUCACUGCGAGAGCGCAGAUUUUCGAUUUAUUUCAUAUUUCUGUUAUACUCAUGUUGUUCUUGUUGUUGUUGUUGUUGUUGUUGUUGUUGUUGUUGUAAAUGCAGAUGAUAACUUGCGAGAAUCUCAAAACGAUACGUUGAUGAAGAAGAAGGAUGAACAAGCCGAGGAACAAGAAAAAGAGAAGAAAAGAAAAGAGCAAAUGAAGAACAAAGAGCCAAAGCAACAAUUCCUCAUCGACCUCGAACAAGUACGAGCUAAAAACGGGAAUCCGUCCAAGUCUCUGAGGAGCAAGGUCACGCUUGAGGACGACAGAGAGGAGGAUAAAAGCUCGCAAAUGGAUCGAGAAAAAUCAUUUUUAAACGAGGCCGCCGCCGCCGCCGCCGCCGCCUCCGGCAAGCUUCGCGAUGAGAAAUCAUCUCUUAGAGAUUGUCAAACGAAAUGGUUGAACAAGGAAAAGAAACAAAAUGAAAAUAAUCGAUUGAUCGAAGAACCUAAUCAAGAAAUUGUAAACGUCGAGAGAGUUAUACCGAAGGAAUCUCUCGAAUAUAUAUUCCGAGGACCAGAAACUCUCCAACGAGAGAUAGUCGAUGUUGUUUUCGGUGGGGUACAACCAAUCGAAUUACCGGAACGUGAGAAAAAGUUGGACAGUUUCGGAAAGGCCAGAUCGGAAAGUCAAGUAGCUGUGAAGAAAUUAGAUGAAAAGGAUUACGACGACAUCGACAACGUGCUGUACGAGGAACUGAAGAAAUUAUACGAUUGGGAGGAUAACGAGAAUAAAAACGGGCCUCGGUUUAAAGGAGAUCAACGAAUGCAUCAGGAGUCCAAUGAUGAUCUCGAAAGGAAGACGAAUAACAAUAACAACAAUACGUCGGCAAGUAAUUACAUGGCUUUAAAGAAGACGGACGAUCUCUUUAAAGGUGGAGUAGAGCAAGGCGAUAUUUUCGAGGAGAGAACACCAACUAAGAAUCAUCAGUCAAAUCCAAACUAUAGCAAUAUCGGGAACAUCGAAUGGAAAGUGAUCCCCGUAAAGAGCAUGUUUAAUAUCUAAAAUCCAUGUACCAAAUACAAAUUGUUUUUAUUAAUUAUUGAGAAACGGUGUAACAAAGAAAUUAUAAAAAAAAAUGUUGUUAACUAUCGGUCGGUCGGUCGGUCGGUCGGACGGGCGAUCAAUCGAUCGAUC